AUGCUUAGGUUUCUGGUCACAAAUUCUUGGACUCAAUACGGUAAUGUUGAGUUCCGAAGUUUGAACCUAAUUCAACCCUCAGCUAUGUCAUCAAACUUUAUCUUAAGCGCUUCCUUGGAAGCAAAGCUAGAGCUCGAGAUUCACCUAGUCUCUUCGGUAAGUCUUGUUGGGUUUAAAGCUGAUUGUGCUAAUUUAAGUGUUACAUCAAGUCAAAUAGGACUUCGUACUUUCAAUGUUGCCUACGGUUCUGGAGCUUCUCACCUAAAGUUCUUGCCAGUCAACAUUCCAAUGGUUUCUUAUAGGUGUAUCAACGUCGUUUUCGACUAUCAAUUGUUCUUUCGAACAAUCGCCAUGGGAACAAAAGUGGAGCUUCCUUUUGGGUUUCUUCAUUUCGCUGAGCAUGACUCGCCCCAAGAUGAAUUUUAA